ACCGCACUUUAGAACACCACAAAAACCAUAAUACAAAUCCAGUUUGCGCCCAUUAAGAUUAUCUUAAAUCAGAAAGCUCACCAACCCCUUCGUUGACUCUUGUCCUGCUCUUAAUUACGUUGAACUUUCUAUGAGAAAACCUCACCAAUUUUCUUUCGUUCCAAAACAAUAAAUCCAAGCCAAAGGGCAUCAUUUCUCUCUAAAGAUUGUAUGUGAAGAAACAGGGUUGUGAUGGAUUUUGGGAAUUCGCUCGCGCUUUCUCUCUCUUUUCUUUUCCUUCUCGCUCAUCUGUCCCAUUCGCAGGAAUCGGUGCUGAGAUUGAAUAAAGGUGCUUUCACCGCUCCCUUUGAUCCCACUCGCGUCACUCUACUCUCGUGGCAUCCCAGGGCUUUCGUUUAUAAGAGAUUUCUGACCGAUGCGGAGUGCGAUCACCUAAUCAAUUUGGCAAGGGAUAAGCUAGAGCUGUCAAUGGUGGCCGAUAAUGAUUCUGGUAAGAUUAUUAAGAGUGAAGCCCGAACGAGCUCUGGGAUGUUUCUUCAGAAAGCUCAGGAUGAAAUUGUCGCUGAUAUUGAGGCCAGGAUUGCUGCAUGGACCUUCCUUCCAGUAGAAAAUGGGGAGUCCAUGCAAAUACUGCACUAUGAGCAUGGUCAGAAAUAUGAACCACAUUUUGACUUUUUUCAUCUCAAGGUUAAUCAAGAACUGGGUGGCCACCGGGUUGCCACUGUAUUGAUGUAUUUAUCUGAUGUUGGGAAGGGUGGGGAGACAGUUUUUCCCAAUUCAGAGCGAAAGAUGUCUCGAUCAAAUGAAGAUGGCUGGUCUGAUUGUGCUGAACAAGGCUAUGCAGUGAAACCUAGAAAGGGCGAUGCCUUGCUGUUCUUCAGUCUUCAUCCUGAUGCAACUACAGAUAACAAAAGCUUGCAUGGGAGCUGCCCUGUUAUUGAGGGUGAGAAGUGGUCGGCAACCAAGUGGAUUCACGUGAGAUCCUUUGAUAAACCAUCGACGCAUGCAAACAAUGGGAAUUGUGUGGAUGAGAAUGAUAACUGCCCCAUAUGGGCUAAGAAUGGUGAGUGUGAAAAGAAUCGUGUUUACAUGGUGGGCUCUGAGGACUCUUAUGGAUACUGUAGGAAGAGUUGCAAGGUUUGCUCAUCCUAGGAAGACCAUUUUCCAGUUUUUCCUUUGUUCUAUACAGGGAGAGGGUUAAUCCUCUAACUGUUGUAUAUAAUAUUUUGAGCUGUGACUUAGUGGAACAUCUAUCAGAGUUGCUCGGACCUAAUUUAUUUAGCAUUAAUUUGUGUUUUUCA